GACUGAUGCAGAGGUGCGUGGACUCCGUUCCUAACUCCCUUCCCCCUAUAGGCAGACACAGAGAUGAAAAAAAAAGAAUCAACCAGGCUUUAAAUAGAACCAUAUUGACAUUCUGACUGCUGUAAUCUCACUGAAAGAGCGGCGACGGCUCCGCUCUCCAUCCACACCUACAUUUCUCCACGACAGAAGUAAUACACUUUUUAUUAUAUAAUUUUACACACACAUCACAAUAAACAUGCCCAGCAAGAGAAAGAAGAACAAGCGCCGCAUGAGGAGAGUGCAGGCCCAAAGAAGGACCUUGGAGGAGCAGUAUGCGUCCUCUGGAAAGGGAACCCCAGGAGUGCAAGGUGUUUCUGCUCCAGUUCUCACAAGGGUUCCAGUUCCUAAAAUGUCAGCGUGCCCCAUUGCAGUUCCAAUUAAUACUCCAGUGGCAGUAGUUUCUCCAGUUGAUGUUCCAGCUGAAAUUCCUCCUGAAGAGUCAGUGAAGUUAGAGGUCCAAGUUACAGAUGCCAUAAAAGACAAAGUGGUGAUGGUAGCAGAAGACUUGACAGAAGCCCCAGUGGAACCCCCCAUAGAAGAGCCAGCUGUGAUUGAGGAACCUGAAAGUGUAACCAUUCCAUUAACAGAGGUUACAACAUCUGUAGAUGAGCCAGUUUCCAUCCCUGCACAAUCUGAGAUCACAGCACCUCAAGAUAAGCCAGUGUCCAUCCCUGCAGAAUCUGAGAUUCACGUUGUGGCUAAACCUGUUCAGACGGUUGACACUGAACAUGAAGAUAAAGCUGCUGCUGGGCUUCAUGCAGAAGAUUCAGUGGUGGAGGUGCCAGUAUCAGAGGAGACAGUGAUUACAGCUGACACUGAAGUUGCAGUUGAAACUGUGACAGAGACAGUGGCAACUGAAGUUGAGUCUGUUGCUGAGGCCCCUGUGGAAGUCGGCGAGCCUUCUGCUGAGGUUGUGGGAGAGACUGUUGUUGAAGCCGAAGCCAUAACUGUUGAAGCUGAGCAUCUAGAAGUCCACACAGAUGUCACAGAUAUUACGGAGAGUGUACAUGGAGCACCUGAACCGGAAGAGGUUGCAGUGGAUGUACAUCCAAAGCCUGAAGCAGAAAUGGUUCCAGUCGAAACUGCAGUACCAACUGAAGCUUUAGUGAAACCAGAGCCUGAGCAACAGUCAGCCACAAUGAAAGAACCCACGCCCUCGGGUUGUAACAUGAUCAAGCCUGUGGUCGAGUCCACCAGUGAUCCUUUUGCUGAAGAUUGUGUUGUGACCGAGUCAGCCAUAGGUGUUGAAGCAGCCAUCGCAGAGGAGAAGAUUCCUGAAAUAACAACAGAUGCCCCUGAGGUUCUAUCAGAGACACUAGAAGAAACAAAUCCUGCUCCUGAGCCUGUGCCGCUGCCAAAAGAAAUUAUCCACGCUCAAGAUGAAUUUAUGGCGCAAGUCGAAACUGAAAUCAAAAAGGCUCAAGAUGAAUUUAUGUCACAAGUAGAAACUGAAGUCAAAAAGGACUUGGCAAUGAGUGGUGGCCUAACUGUGGAUACCAUCAAUGGAUGUCUGGCAACUACCGAAGUUGCAAUUGAAGGUUAAAGUGCCUUUGUUUCAUAGAGCAUAAAGGGACUGCUGAAACAUCAUAAAAUGACAACCUUGCAAAGUGCCUUUCUGUGCUGCUUCUAACCUACAGAUGAAGAGGAUGUGUGGCUGUUCUUUGCUUGUGGAUUUAUUUCAGAGCUUCUAACGAAUUCUCUUCAAUUUCCAUAUGCAUGUACAAUAGAUUUGCAGGUGUUGUAUAUUGCAUACUUAGUAGAGUUAAAUGGAUGCGUGUUGCAAAUUUUUAUGUUUGUACUUGGACAAUUUUUUUAUGGGGAAUGAAUACUUUACAACAAGGUUGUAUUUGUUAACGUUAGUAAAUGCAACAGUUAACAUGAACUAACAAUGAACAAUAUUUUUACAACAUUUAAUAAUCUUGGUUAGUGUUAAUUUCUACCUCUCUCUCUCUCUCUCUCUCUCUCUCUCUCUCUCUCUCUAUAUAUACAUUAUAUGUUAACAUUUAAGCAUUAUUAAACAAGAAACAAUAAACAAUAUUAUUUUGAUAAAUUCACAUUAUCCAAGAUCAAUAUAAAUGAUGAAAAAAUACAUUUGUUAUUUCAUUAUACUGAAUGCAUUAACUGAUGUUAACAAAAAGAACCAUAUUAUACAUUGUUAAUGUUGUAUUUGUUUCAUUUGAUAGAAAUGAUUUAGAAUGGAGUACUUCCUUAAUAGAGCACAAUUUCAUACUGUAACAUUGCCACCUGUUCUCUGCCUCCCCUUAUCUGUUCACAGGAUAUGGUGCCUUUUCCCCAAAUUAUAAAUAAAAGGAGUUUGAGAAUAA